AAGUCGCAGCAUCGGCGACGCUGAUUGCGACGGGCAACUCCCUGCCGCAGUAUCGGCUAUUGUGAUUGGUGGAGGAGCCACUGCUUCUGGUGUCCAUGGACCGAUGAAAACUAAACGGAGCUGCAGAGAGGGAGCUGCGCCAGGGGAGAACAUGAGAAGCCGGAAUAUUUUUAACUGACUAAGUGAAGCGUCACAAUGCUUGAGCAGGAUAAAAAGAUUAAAGUUGCAGUAAAAACAUCAGACACCAAGCUCCAAAGAAAUGAAGACAAAGAACACACAGAUCUGAAGCGGCUACUUAAUCUCUUGAAUGUACCAGCAAGCAAGCAACAGUUGCCAGCUCUGAGUUUUGAUAAAGGCCGUGGAAUUCUAACUAAAUCACAACAACAUUCCAUUCAGGGAAAGCAAAAUGCUGGAAACCGAUGUGCGGAGCAGCAGCAGCAGCAGUCAACUGAGGCUGUGGAACUUGAAGCUUUUAGUGUAAAUUAUAAGAAUGAAAGAAAAUUUAGUUGUCAUCCCCACCACAAACUGUUUCUGGAAAUUUUCACUGCACUGGUGAAGCAGAGACUCACAUGCAGAGAAUGGGUAGAUCGAGUUCCACCUGCUAAUUUUCUCCGUGUGUUAAUUUGUCUGCGCUUAAUAAUGAGGGAUCCAUUUUACCAGAAAAUUUUCAUUGAACUUGGAGGGGUUGAGAGCUUGGCACAGUACAUGGAAACUGUGGCACAAGGCUACCUUGGAUAUGGAGGUCAACAGUUUGUCAUUGACAGAUUAGUCUCUGUGACUUAUAUUUUUCAAAAACUGGCAGCUGUUGUGGAACAAAGAGAAAGGAUAAUAUCAAGUGGAGCAUACAAGACUCUAGUAAAGUUACUGGCUGCCAAGGACAAUAAUGUAUUGUUGGGUGCUCUUCUUGCUCUGACCAGCUUAGCGGAAAGUCCUGAGUGCAGAGUGAAGAUUGGGGAACUUACGAUUGUAGAAAACCUGUUGGCAAUUUUACAAGAAUAUGACUUGUUAUCCAAAAGAAUGACUGCUGAGCUGCUUCGUCUACUCUGUGCAGACUCUCAAGUGAGAGAACAGAUUAAGAUUUACGAAGGAAUUCCUAUUAUGCUCAGCCUGUUGCAUUCUGACCACCUCAAAUUGCUGUGGAGUGUUGUUUGGAUUUUGGUUCAGCUCUGUGAGGAUCCAGAUACCAGCACUGAGAUUCGUUUGUGGGGGGGCAUCCAGCAACUCCUGCACAUUCUCCAAGGAGACAGAAACUUUGUGUCAGAUCGUUCUUCAAUUGGAAGUUUGUCUAGUGCUAAUGCUUCAGGGAGAAUUCGGCAGCUUUAUUUGUCUGAAAAGCUGAGUACUCAUGAAAUUCAGGAAAAUACACUGUCAUUGCAAGAAGCAUGUUGUGCUGCUCUUACUGAGCUGGUGCUUAAUGAUACAAAUGCUCAACAGGUUGUACAGGGGAAUGGCAUUUAUGUGAUUGGGAAAUUAAUUCUACCAAACAAACAACGAAAUGCACCAAAAGCAGAUAUAUUUCAGUGUUAUGCAUUUAGAGCUUUGCGGUUUCUCUUCAGCAUGGAAAGGAAUAGACAACUAUUUAAAAGAUUAUUUCCUUCAGAUAUGUUUGAGAUGUUCAUUGAUGUUGGACAUUAUGCACGUGAUAUAUGUGCAUAUGAGAACCUAGUAAAUAAGCUGAACUCUUUGCCUGCCAAUGAACUAAAACAAAUCACUGAGAAUAUUGAAGGAAUUAACCAAAAUAAAGCCCCAACAAAAUUUAUUGGUAAUUAUGCAAUUUUAGAUUACCUUGGAAGUGGAGCAUUUGGGAAUGUUUUUAAGGUACGGAAAUACAGUGGGCAGAACCUGCUCGCUAUGAAAGAAGUUAACUUACACAAUCCAGCCUUUGGAAAGGACAAAAAAGACCGUGACAGCAGUGUGGAAAUAAUUGUGUCUGAGUUAACGAUAAUUAGAGAACAGCUUCAUCAUCCAAAUGUAGUUAGAUAUUACAAGACUUUUGUGGAAAAUGACAGAUUGUAUAUAGUAAUGGAAUUGAUUGAAGGUGCACCCCUAGGUGAGCACUUUAAUUCCCUCAAAGAAAAGCAACAGAAGUUUACAGAAGAACGAAUAUGGAAUAUAUUUAUACAAAUAUGCCUUGCACUGCGUUAUUUGCACAAAGAAAAAAGAAUUGUUCACAGAGAUCUUACGCCCAACAAUAUCAUGCUGGGUGAGCAAGACAAGGUAACAUUAACUGAUUUUGGCCUUGCAAAACAGAAGCAAGAAAACAGUAAGAUGACUUCAGUUGUUGGGACUAUCUUAUAUUCUUGUCCUGAAGUUGUGAAGAGUGAACCAUAUGGAGAGAAGGCAGACAUUUGGGCUGCAGGAUGCAUACUAUAUCAAAUGGCAACUUUGAAUCCUCCAUUCUAUAGCAGUAACAUGCUCUCUUUGGCAACAAAGAUUGUUGAAGCAGCAUAUGAACCAAUACCAAAAGGACUCUACUCUCACAAAGUACACGAGACUAUCAAAAGAUGUUUGACUCCUGAUUCAGAAGCACGGCCAGAUGUGGUAGAAGUGAGUGCGUUGAUUUCAAAUAUCAUGAUGAAAUACAUGGAUAGCUUAUGCACGAUGCAGAUAACUAUGGAGAAGAAGCUUGAUCGGGAGAGACGGCGUACACAAAGGUAUUUCAUGGAAGCUAACAGAAAUGUCAUGACAUAUCACCAUCAGCUCUCCAUGAUAUCACAGGAGUAUUGUGAUAAGUCAUGCCUUGGAAGCAGUAGUGGAAUAGCAAGUGUGAAGAGCAAAUCAUCAGAAACAACUGACAACCCAGUGGAUGACUUGCAUAGAUUGCAUCUUAAAGAUGAUGAGAGACUGAACGAUGCAGUAUUGCUUGAGAAUAUUAAUCCAGCAGAAAACGUAGACAAAGAAUUGGAAGAUGAGUUGAACAUUUCAGAUCACUCAAACAACUCAAGUCCGGGCCCCAUAAAAGAUUCUACUUUGAGGCAUACUUCUCCCUCUAAUGUGUUUGGUCAGGGCAAAUUGCUGCAAUCACCAUCCAAAGCAGAAGCACUACACCUUAACAACAGUCUUCGGGCAUAUUCCUUUGAAACCUCUGGUUGUCUUGACAUAACAGCUACUUUACCAAGAAGUAUCAGUUAUAUUGGCAUAGAGAGCCAACAUGAGUCACAACAUGGAAGAGCGGCAAGGCAAUCAAAUACCAAACCAAGAUCAGCAUCUGCAGGAAUAGCAGUCUCUCAACGGAAAGUACGCCAAAUUAGUGACCCAAUUCAACAGAUUCUCAUCCAGUUGCACAAAAUCGUAUAUAUUACACAGCUUCCACCUACUUUACAUCACAACUUUCGAAAAAGUGUAAUUGAGAGGUUUAAGAAAUCAUUAUUCAGUCCACAGAGCAAUCCUUGCAACUUGAAAGCGGAACUUAAAAAGCUUCUUCAAGGGUCUCCAGAACUGAUUGAACUGAACUUCGUCACUGCAGACUGUAAUUUAAUGCGUCAGACAUCCAGGGAGAAUGCAGCAUUCCCUGGAGACAGAGCAGUGAACGUGUACAGCUACGAAUAUGAGGAAGGAAUAACUUACGAACAAAUGCAGAUGAUGAUUGAAGAAGUUCUUAUUGAAAGUGGUUAUUAUGACAUCCUAAACACAGUCAACAGAAAUCACACUUACCCGUGGAUAAACAAGAAUCAUUUGACUGCACGGAGAUAGUCUACAUUUGAUUUUCAUAAUACAUUGGCGAGAGAAGUAGUAUAGAACUGCCGUCACACAGAAGUACAUGUACGUGUUUAAAUUUGACAACUUUUGGAGGGACAUAGUAAACACACACACCAUAGCAAUCCUUGAAAUGCUUAAUGAUUAUUGGGAUAAAUCAUUAAUUGGGAAUGAUGAUUAAAUUAAUAUUAAGGACCACCCCUGUCCAUUCUGUCCCCACAUCUGUUCAUGACAGAUUUUAGGAAGGAUUUAUUCUGUACACAUUGCUUCAAGUGCACUUAGCUUUAUAUAUGUAUAUAACACAGUGAAAAUUGAACGACUUAAGGUAUACAAUUCAGUCUAUACUGUAUUUUUUCUAUUUUUCUAUUUUUUCUAUGCUAUCCUGUGUGUUUUAUGGGGAGUAUAGAUUGGUUUAAAGUCAAUUCUUCACUUAUUUCUGAAAAUGCAAAUGAGAUUGACUUAUGAACCAAGUUCCUUAACCAUUUACUAUGCCAAAUGAACACAAUUGAUAAGCAAAUAUAAUUAUAAAUAUAAACGUAUGGCUCAGAUUAGCACAAAUGUCACAUCUGUGUGCUUUUUGUUUGAAUUGGUAGCUUGGACCAUAUAGAAAAUGGGAUUUACAGAUAUACAUUCUGUAAAUCGGACUAUCCAAUAAACUAUUAGCUUCAAUCUUCCGAGAAUGAUUAUCAAUAUAUUUAGUCAUGGAAAACGUCUGUAAAUUUUCUGUUUAAUAUCUGUAAAUUAAUGUUUAUGCAUAAAAUUGCCAAAGGAAUGGGACUUUUUGGAAGAUGACAUAAUGCAGUUACAUUUUCAACUGCAUAAAACACACAUAAAAUGGCUGCUUUCCAGUUGCAGCAAAAUUUAGAAAAUAAUUACUCUUGAUGUAAGAAUAAUUUAUAUAUUGAGUUUAUAAAUAAUUGCAGUUUCCCAUUGCAAACAGCAAAGAAUACAAUUGCAUUUGUUUUACGAGGGAAUCUGAGCCAUAUUGAGGUAUUUUCAAUGAAAAGACAAUAGUUACGAAUUAUUAGAAUUUUUUCCAGGCAAGAUUAGUUACUGAAUAUAAUUGACAAAUAUUAAAUGUCAACAUUAUUUUAAUAAUGAAAAAAAAAUAAAAUAUAUAUUUUUCCAAUUUGGAACCUUUAUCUCUCAGUUUAUUAGGGUGAAUCUAGUCUGAUUUAUGUAUUAUUACAUUUUUAUGCUGCAGUUGCCUGUGCAUUUGCUGUACAGCAUAAAUAAUAAAUGGUUUCAAAAUAUAGAAGCAUCAACCUUUUCUUCAGAUGUAAAAUUCUAUGGAUGUUGCAGUCAUUUUUGCUGCAAAAUUUGCAAGAAAUAUUGAGCAGUUCAGGCAAUAUCAAUGGAGAGAGAAACAGUCAGUGUUUGAGGUCAGUGACCUUUUAUCAGAGCUACUUCCGAUAAAAAGGACAAUGACCUGAAAUAUUAACUCCUUUUCUUACCAUAUUUAUUGCCUUACAUGCAAACCAUUUCUUCAGUACCAUUCAGCUCAAGUGUUAGUCUAAUCAAACUGAGGUAGAUUUGUGAGGGAAUGAGGUUGCUUUCAUAUCUUUACUGUCACGUUCUACUAUUCUAGUUGAUGUCAUUUACUUGGCAAAUGCUGAUUCAGCACUGGCUGUGCCUUUCCCUGCAGCUACAGGUAGUGAUUUUUUCAUCAUUUUGUGCAACUAAUAUACUUCAGAACAUGGAAGUCAAAGUCUUCAGUUCUAAAAUAUUUUGCUGCUUCUUUAAGAACCUGAAUUAUUGAAUUCACAUAAGAUGCACUUAUGUUCCUGAAUAUUAAUUAGCAAUGGCUGCUCAUGAAACACUUACUUUAAGCUGAACCUCAUUGCAAAUGUACCAGUAUUAUUAGUGCACCACGGAUUCUCAUAGCUUACUAAACCUGUGAUCUCUGCAACUCCAUUAUCAUUUACAGUUUUUAUAAAUUCAUAAAAUUCUUACGUCUCCAAGGUUUUGAUAGGACACAGAUAAAAUUGAGACUCAGGCACAUAAUUUAAAAGGAACAAAAAGAAAGAACACAAAAUGUUACACAUUUAUUAAAAUUUUGAUUGUUUGUAGAAGAAUAAUGGUGUGGUAUCGCAUUUAAAUAAAUCUUUUAAAGAAAUAAAUUUACAUUAACACAAUUCAAGAUUUCUUGCUUGUACUGCACAAAUUGAAUGAAUAAGUGUAUUUAAAAAAUAAAUGUCUAUUCAUGUUUGCAAACUGGACAGCAAAAUGUUAAGAAACAUUUAGAAAUGUUCAUGUUUUAUUUUUGUAAUA